AUGAUUGGAAACUCAAAGCCAAAGAGUCUCACCUUCAUGGCCCGAAAGACCAGUAAUAACUUUGCACUGGCGGAGCAUUAUCUUUCAAACAAUUACAAUCUUUUCAACCAAACACAACGCUUUGAACUAUGGGCAAAGAAUUUGGGGCUUUAUCAUCUAGGCCAUAGCUCACUCGACUACCGAUUCCGAGAUGCACCCUCUCUACUCGAAUAUACCAUGGGUCUGUUGCGUAAUCUGGAGGGGCUUCUUGCACAGUUCAUUCACAUACGAAAUCCUGAACAUGUAUCGACUGUGGAUGUAAAGAACACGACAGACCUUCCUAUUACGUCCCAUGAGCGACUGAGUGAUGAUUCAGAAGAUGAUGACUUUGAAUCUUCCGAUGACGAGUCUGUUACCGAUUUGUUACUGAACAGUGUCAAUGCCACCAUUGACAAGCUUUAUCGCCUCUCAUUCAAAAUCCGUAACCCCGCGAUGAGGCUGGGAUUUUCCAGAUCGCUGAAGUAUCAGAAAGUCGACCCAGAGACUGGAGUGAAUCUUAUAGACCAGUUCCGAGAAAAUGAUCAACGUCAUCUUGAGCAACUUUUUGCCUGUUAUCGUUCAACCUCCGCAGACGAGUUUGAAACCCAUUUCCUGGUUCAGCGUUUAGCUAAAGGCAACACUCGACGGCGACAACAGUUUGGAUAUUGGAAGAGAAGAAGAGGCCAGUUUGAGACUGAGUCAAAAACAGAAUUGGAGCCCUGCCUCGUUCCACGGAAGUCCGAGAACAUUGCAAAUCCUAAUAUGCUUAAAGUCCUGAUAGCGUCUUCACGGCCGUCAACAGCAACCCAUCUCGAUGUGUCUAAAGUCAAGCUGGAGGAUAAUACAUCAAUAAUAUCAAGCUCAACUGUGGUAAAUAUGGAUGUUGAGGGAAAUGGUGAUUACUUUUACAUUCCUCCACCGCCGAAGCAUUUGUGGGAUAGAGAAGAGUUUGAAUGCCCGUAUUGCUUCACUCUGUGUCCACGCAAAAUGCUUCAUCAAACCAAUUGGCAAACCCAUAUUCUGCGCGAUUUACGGCCAUACAUUUGCACCUAUGAGGAGUGCAGAGAUGCAAAUCAGCAGUACGAUAGCUUCAGCGACUGGAUCAAGCAUGAAACAUUUAUGCAUCAAAACAAAUCCGAUUUGGCUAAUAGUGCGAACGUAAAUAUGCCUAUUUUGGAGUCUCGGAAAUGUCCAUUUUGCCUCGAAGACGCAGGGCCCCACCAUAUUACGACGCAUCUUCGCAGGGUGGCUUGCUUCUCUCUUCCAAGAUUUAUUGAAAAUGAUGAUGGCUCACUGCAAGGAAACCAGAUAUCCAGCGGAGCAGACAGAAGAUCAAACAAUACUGGGUCUUCUGAGACAACAGGUGAAAUCUCAAUCAGUGGAGAUGGGCCCGAGUCUGAAGUCGACAAGAAGGCUAUUUUUAGAAAGAGUUCUCUGCUCACUUCGGAAUCCCUCCGUGCACAGCAACCAGAUCGAAUUGAAGAAAAACUCAAAGUGAACUGGUUUUUGGACAAGCUAGAGACUGAAUCGCAUUACAUUGAUCUAUCGAGUUUGCUCUUUGAUGGUAUGAAAGACACAGAGGCCGACAUAGAUCACAAUGCGAGAGAUGAUGCCAUACUUGGAUUGAAAUUGACCCAGGAACACAAAGCGGAGUGUGAAGCGGCAAAAGCUGGAAAUUCGCAAAUAUUACACCAACAGGGCGCCGCCAAGACUCUGAAUGCUCCCGUCAACUAUGAUGCCGAGAAAAAAGGCGUGGAGAAGAGGGACAAGGCGUUCCCAGAGCGACUUGAGGACCGGUGGGAAGAGGCGGAGCAGCUCGAGGUGCAGGUGAUAGAGAUGAGCAAGACGAAGCUCAUCGAGGACCAUCCCGACACGCUGACGAGCAUGGCCAACCUGGCGUCGACGUAUAGAGACCAGGGCCGAUUGGAGGAGGCCGAGCGGCUCGAGGUGCAGGUGAUGGAGACUCGCAAGACGACGCUCGGCGAGGACCAUCCCAGCACGCUAAACAGCAUGACCAACCUGGCGUCGACGCUUUAUAGCCAGGGCCGAUGGGAGGAGGCCGAACGGCUCUUUAUGCAGGUGAUGGAGACUCGCAAGACGACGCUCGGCGAGGAUUUUCUCGACACGCUAACGAGCAUGGCUAACCUGGCGUCGACGUAUAGAAACCAGGGCCGAUGGGAGGAGGCAGAGGAGAUGUACCAGCGAGCACUGGCAGGCACUGAGAAAGCCCUAGGUCCAGAUCAUACAUCCACACUUGAUACUGUGAACAACCUUGGUCUUCUCUACUCUGAUCAGGGCAAGCUCAAGGAGGCAGAGGAGAUGUACCAGCGAGCAAUAGCAGGCUACGAGAAAGCCCUAGGUCCAGAUCAUACAUCCACUCUCGAUACUGUGCAAAACCUUGAGAAUCUCUACAGAGAGAAAGGGAAGCCGAAAGACGCAGAGAAUUUGUACCAGGGAGAUUUGCCAGACAGUCAAAAGGCCCCACGUCGCAAUGCUAAGAGGGCAGGGCGGGCUAUAGCUAAACUUACUGGUUGGCUUAAAAAAUAA